AUGACUUGCUCGGCGUCAGAUAGCGAGAAGAUCGUCAUCAACUGCGGGGGGAUCCGCCACGAGACCUACCGGAGCACCCUGAAGACACUGCCCGGGACGCGCCUGUCCUGGCUCACCGAGCCCGAUGCGUUCAGCAACUUUGACUACGACCCCAAGUCCGACGAGUUCUUCUUCGACCGCCACCCGGCCACCUUCGCCUUCAUCCUCAACUACUACCGCACCGGCAAGCUGCACUGUCCGAACAACGUGUGCGGGCCGCUGUUCGAGGAGGAGCUCGCCUUCUGGGGCAUCGACGAGACGGACGUGGAAGCCUGCUGCUGGAUGAACUACCGGCAGCACCGCGAUGCGGAGGAAGCCCUGGACAGCUUCGAGACCCCCGAGCCCGACGCGCCCGAGGACGACCCGGCGCUGACCGGCGGGGCGGACGGCGACCUGAAGCGGCUGUGCAUGCAGGAGGACGGCCGGCGCGUGACGUGGUGGGAAGUGUGGCAGCCCAGGAUGUGGGCGCUGUUCGAGGACCCGUACUCCUCCAAAUACGCCCGGGACGUGGACGGGCCCCGCCUGGAGCCCAGCGCAGAGCAUAUCUCUCUGAUGACGGAGAACCCCUACCACAACGAGCCGGGCUUCGAGCAGGUAGGCCUCAGCUCUGAGGAGAGACUUUAUAGCAUGAUCCAGCCUCCAACCCAGCCAGAACCAGCCGGACUGAUCCCACUGGGCAGAUGUUUUGAGCGGCACCCGGGGGACAGCAAGAACUACAACGAGUGCAUCCGCCAUGAAACCAUGAGGGUGGCUGUGUGCGACAUGCUGGAGGGCAAGAUUUACUUCAAAUGGCACCAGUGUGGUGGUACAGAUGUGGAUUUUUAG